UUUGAAGUAACCCCAACCCUGGCUGUGCUUUUUUUCUCUUUCUCACAAAUCAAACAGUAACUAAAAUUGGCUCAACCAGGUACAGCCUUUAAAUAAGUUACAGGUUUAUGACCAUUAAGUGUAAUGCUUUAAUAUCUCAUCCUGAUAUUCUAAUUGGGGACAUUUUCCUGCAUAACAGGAACUUUUAAGUGCAUUUUUAUAAGAACACAUUUCUAAUUUUACCUGAGUGUAAUUCUGACUGCAGACCUUUACAACCUCAUAGUCUACAUGUUAUUGUGUAUAUGCUUUAUCACCUAAACACUUUUCCUGCCAAUCAUAAUCUUUAUUAUUAUUGAUGCUGUAAGACAAAUUUAAUACUAAACGUGCCUCUCCAGAUCGGAACUCAUAUGCCAGACUUUAUCAUCAACUCUUUUAUAGCUUCUGAACCGAUAAUCCUGUACAGGAGGUCUUUCCUUACAGUAAGGGGAGCUACAGUACUUCCGUGUCCGUCACAGCAACAGUCGUUACUGUCACUGUAAUAUGAACUGUGUCUGUUUAUCAGUAACUUUAAGCUAGCUCACAUGUAAACUAACAAUAGCUUAGUGCUCGUCUAGGGUUGUUUACAAUUGUAGGACGUAACGACGUUUAACUUAAAAUGUAUGUAUCUAUAUUCACAAAACGGGAACGACAAUAUUUUUUGGGACUCUUUCACCUUAAAAUUGUUGACAAAAAGCUCAACCCCGCGUGAUAAAACUAGUUCAAGCUUACGAGUUACUGUGAAAGUUAACUUAGCUUGAUUAGGACGAAUGGUAGCUAGGAACUUGUCUUGUUCUUAAAGUAGGUCGCUCAGCUUUCAGAGCAACAUGUGGACACGACUGUAUGUGUGUUACCGUCACACAGCACGACUGUGUGUGUGUGUGUGUGUGUGUGUGUGUGUGUGUGGGUGGGUGUGUCCUAUCUUGUCGAGGCCGAUAAACAGCAGCGUGGCAGAGAGCCCUGAUCAUUUUUCCAGCGCAGAAGAAGGAGGAAACUUCUUAUGACAAAUUUAUACAACCAGCCUUGACUUGAUCUACAGGCCUCAAUGGACUGGGCUUUUGUUUUGGUUUUGCAAAUCAUGAUUCAGCCGUCUCUCUCAGUCUUGUUCACUGUUGAGGCUGAGCAACUCCACUAUAAAGCAGAGUUUGGAGGAGAGGUUGUGAUGGGCUGCAGGUUUCAGCCUAAACUGUUGAGCCCUCGUGACAACCUGAAGGUAACCUGGCAUUGGGGCACCUCCAGCCCAGCUCGGGAAGUGUACCGGAUCGAUAACGGUGUGGAGCAGUCCGCAUCCCAGUAUCCGGACUAUCAGGGCCGAGUUAAGCUUCUCACCGAGGAGCUGGCCGACGGCUGGGCCAAGUUGCAGAUCUCCAGACUCAGGAUCAAUGACUCUGGGACCUACCAGUGUUUGGUGAAGACAGGAGAAGGAGCUGAUUACAAAAAGAUAACUUUGUCUGUAACAGCACCUUUUAAAACAGUGACUAAACACAUCCAGAAGGCUGCAGAGGGGAAUGAGGUGCUGCUAACUUGUCAAUCUGAGGGAUACCCGGAGUCGUCUGUUACAUGGCAGGAUGCACACCUGAAAACAUUUGAUGCCAGCACCACUGCUGUACUCACACCAGACAAGCUUUUUAAAGUCACCAGUGAGCUACGCGUCCAAUCUUCAGAAAGAAACAACUACACAUGUACCUUUAAAGAUGGCCACUCUGCAACGUUUCAUAUUCCAGAUGAAAUGCCUGUUCCUCAUGUACAACACGACGGUCUCAUCGUUCUGUUCAGCAUAGGAGUGAUACUGCUUGCCAUCAUCGUUGCAGUGCUCAUGUUUAGGCGACGAAAAGGCUCCAGCGCUCCCAGUACAAGGAACCUUUUGGCCGACAGUCGUGAUGGUUCUGUUUCUGCUGCCGUCUGUGAGUCUAAACACAACGGUCUAAAAGUACCAAAAGAAAAUGAGGAAGAGAUAACUAUUUUGAAAGAAGUCUGCGCAGAGGAAGAUCUGGGGGCGUUUGUGAAAGCUCAUUACUCCAAUUCCUUUAGCUCGGAUGCGAGACGUCGCAUGGAAGCUUUCGGUGCAGAGGAGUUGCCUCAAAGGCUGCAAAACAGUGAGGGCAAGCCUGUGAAUCUCCAAGAUUUACUCCCAGAAGCUGGGGAGACACUUUUUCUCGAGGGACCCCCAGGAAGCGGAAAGACAAAUGUAGCCCACUUCCUGGUCUCCUCUUGGACUGAAGGGCCCAAACAUGCCCUUUCUCACGUCGUCGAUCUCAGCACCGUCCGACUUCUCCUGUAUGUCGACUGCAGCAAAGUGAAGCGUGACUUGUUUCAGGAAACAAGAGAUCAACUCUCUCUCACAAAAAAGAUAUCAACAGAGGAUGAGCUGAGGACUGUGUUUACCAGAUCCGGAGAGGUCCUGCUGCUGCUGGACGGGUACAGAGAAGGGAACCAACAGUUCGAUGAGUCCCUAAAAAGGUUUAUAGGUCAAAAAGGAAGAUGCAGGGUUCUGGUCACCAGCUGCCCGGGAGACUGCCCCACCUUCAGGCACACAGUUGGGACAGAAAAGUUGCUGGAGCUCAAAACACAAACUGUGAAAUACUGAGAGAGCAAAAGUUCAUGAUCAAAAAGGAUUUUUAGAAAAGGACAUUUUUAAUGAACACGUGUAUGAUGUUGGUCAUUUUUCACCCUAACUGUGUGGUCAGAUUUUGUAGAAGCCCUAUAAAUGCUGCCAAAAUGGUUAAAUUCAAUGUUAUGUACAUAAUAAAAACUACUUUUGUAUUCUUGGCAGACCUGUUUACAUUUUGAUUAAAAAAGUUUAAUAUAAUAAUCCUAUUUGACAAGUUUUCUGUUUAAAGUUAGGGUUGGUAAGAUUAUGGACAUAAGGACAGGAGCAAGCUGGAUUUGGAAAGUAUCCAGCAACAAUAAAAAAAUGCCUCCCUCCAAAGUGCACAACCCGGGCAAAAAAAUGUUUUUGGUGCAUCAUAGAAUUUUUCACUGCAAUACUGCAACUCGCCACUGGGCCAAAUUGGAAAAGCUGCAGCAUCUCGUUCUUCGACUCAGUGGCUGUGUGCCAUUGUCUUUGCUGACCACAUCUGA